GAGAGGGGGAUGGGGUUAUGAAGAAAAAGGAGGUGAUUGUUGGGGAGUUAGAGAGAGUGUUGCUGUAGCACGGGACUGAGAGCAAAGGAAAGAGGAUACCAGAAAAAAUUUUUAAGAUCGCAAGAUAAUCUUUCUUGGACUACCGAUAAAAUAGGAGUCAUGUUGGGGUGUGGACGUCUUGUCAUCCUUUUCCUCCUCAUCAAAUUACUGAACCUCUCCUUUGUGUCAUCAACAUCAUCAUCAUCUAAUAAUGCCACUCGACCCCGUUUCCACCCCUCCAGAGGAACAGAUUACUACGGUGACUAUGAGGACAUAACCACUGAGCCCCCCAGCUCGUCAUCCACCGUCUCUAAAGUCCCAAUUCCUUGCGAUUAUGACCUGUGUGUGGAGCAUCAGAAAACCUGUCUGGAGCUUGCAUAUGUCACAGGCUGCCUCUGCCCUGGGAUAAGCAAUGCUUUUACUCCCCCGAGUCCACCGCGCCUCUGGCAUCUAGCUCAGGAUGGCAAAGGGGUUGUGGUGCACUGGUGUGCUCCCACCUCCAUUGUCACCUAUUACAUUGUCUGGCUGAAAGGGAAUGGCAAAGUGAUGGAUAGGAAAAUAUCGGUGGAGGAGAGUAAGAGGAAAGCAGUAUUGGAGAAUGUUGAGGCUGGUGCACACAUAUGUGUAAAAGCGGUAAAUAAAGCCGGCAAUAGUACAGAGGACGACCAGUCUUGUGCCACAUUCGAACCUGAAAAUACAGACUAUGGAUUUGCACUGAAGAUGGGCAUUAUUGGCGGUGUGGUGGGACUCAUACUGCUGCUGAUCCUGGCUGUGCUGCUGUGGAGACACAAAACACGGCAGAAAUCUACGGCACAGCCCGAGACUGCGAGAGUACUGUAACGUGUGUGUAUGGCCAAAAAAUGCACUUUUACUUCAUCUCGGUAUGAAGGAUGGGAGUAAAUGAAUGACCUGUGGACUGAUUGCUCACUAUGAGUGAACUGGAUAGAGGUAGUGUAUGAAUGACUCAGUAAACAUGAACAAAAAGACCAAUCACCAUGCAGAGAAGGUGGACGAAUGACUCAGCACAUUCUUUUCAUUUGCUCGUCAGUGUCUACUAAUGUGAUUUAGGACAGACACAAACUGCACACUGCUGGUGUGCUGACUCCAUUUAUGGGCACUGUUUCAAACCCACUUCCUGAUCACAAACACACUUGUGUAACUUGCGUAUGUCUGUUUACUCAUCCUGUAUGUGAUUUCAAAGAUAAAGGCUGAAUCACAGUUUUGAAUUUAAAUUUGAGACUGGAUUAAAUGAUUUGUACACAUUUUAGGUCACUUUGGUAAGAAAGGGUUUGCUAAGAAAAUCUGUGUAAAAAUGAAUCGCACAAAAUAAAAGAUUUUUGUAUGUUU